AUGGCUUCUCAUCUGUAUGACCAGCUUCACGGCCCAAUGUCACCUUGCAUACGACUCGCACACCAGGACGUUUCUCAGAUCUGCAUUCUCCCGUCCGUCACUCAUAGACCUGCCAUCGAGCAGAACACGUUUCAUACUCCUACAUCAGCGAAUCCUACACGCAUACCGCCACCAGCAAAGCCCAUGCAGGCCGUUAUAAGUCAUCUGGUACCCCAGGCCACAAUCCAACAUGUCCAGGCCAUGUCUUCUGUCCAUUGCCAACGUGCCUAUGGAGUCCAAAUCUCUGAUGGUACGAGUCUUGUUCUCGUUGCACCUCCACCGCCGAUGGUUAAGCUCCUCCGAUCGGAACGGGCCUCUGUUGUUUCGGAGGCGGCAAUCUUAAGAUGGCUAGCAAAAAUUACCAUCGAUCAGCCUCUCCUUCAGGAUUGGGCCCGGAAACCAGAAGUCGCCCUGGGUGUUGAUGCAGCUUUGGGCAGUGAGGGGGCAGACUUGGAUAAGUCUAUUGGCGGUGCAGCUGAGGACUUGCAACCUUUCCUCCCCAAGCUCAUAGCACACACUGUCGCUUCCAACGAAGCAGGCCGCGAAUUCAACCUCAUGCGGCCUACACUAGGAGUUCCAAUUCCCGAGCUCAAUCCACCCCUCUCACUGUCCGAGCGUAAGACAAUCGAUUUUCAAACAGGGCAGCUGUACAGAAAACUGUGUAAACUCGUUUCGCCAACAGGUCGGUUCGGUCCAGCGUAUGCUGUCCUGCCACUCGCGACGUGUCCUACACCUGAUGCGACUCGGCCUGCCAGGCGAGAUGUGAACACAAGCCUGGUGGAGUCACGAGGUGUUCAGUCGUGGUCGAUGGCCUUUCAUUCAAUGCUGGAGGCAGUUCUACGUGACGGCGAAGACAUGCAAGUCAUGCUAGGAUACAGUUCCAUUCGCCGGCACUUUAAGCGAUUUCGAUACACCUUGGACGAUGUGACGACGCCUCGCCUAGUAGCCGUGGACGCUGGAAAGGAUCUCAAUACCCUCGUGGUAAGAAAAGUGCGCCGAAAGAGCACUGGGUCACCAGUCAGCAGCAGGCGACAGACCGCUGAGGAAGACCAGUGCCGAACCCAUGUUAAGCGGGACAGCGACGACAGCGAAUCUGAACUUCACGACAGCGAAUCUGAACUUCACCAAGACGAACAUAUUGCACCCUACAACCAAAGCAACACGAUAAUGAGCGGUAUGAAGGACUGGAGCAACUUUGUCUUUGGAGACCCCCUUUUUGCCGUCAACUUCUGUAGUGGUCCUAGCAGUGAGUUUCUGUUGGGCUUCAACGGCACCUCGCCAAAUCAGGAAAGCUCGGCGAUAUUUUCAUCGGAUAUCAUUGAGGACAAAGAAAACGCUCACGUUCGCCUGCUUCUGUACGAAUGCUAUCACACCGUCACUUACAUUGCCAGGGAGUUCUUCCGGCCGCGAAAGGACGGUACUGGCCGAGAGCUAGAGGCUCGGAAGACAUUGAACAAGAUACUAGCGCAGUUAGAUGCGAUGGAUAGUGUUGAUGACCAGAGAGGAAGAAGACCCAGCGGCGAGACAAGCCCUGCGAAACGCUCAAGAAGCGGCGACAAGGACAAAUGA